AUGGACAUUGUAAGAUGUAAUCCUGCUAGAGAAGACUGGUGGGUAGGUUCUUCUCCUUCGGGCCCUUUCAUAUACACACCGUUCAGUAAAGGAGAUACAAAUAAUAUGAAGAAGCAAGAGCUUGUUAUGAUUGUUGGAGAGCCGAUCCAAGUUUUAGUGGAAUUGGAAAAACCAUUGGGGCCAGUUACAAUUCCUGGAUGCAUUGUUCAUUAUUUUGGUGUUAUAACUGAACACCUAUUUAGAGAGGUUGAUAAUCUGCUUCUUGGGGCUGCACAAGGUCUCGUUCUUUCUGACCCUUUCCGAUGUUGUGGAUCUCCAAAGUUGAAGAAUGUAUUUGUUCCAAAUAUAUAUGUAGUACCUCCAUUUCCAUUGUUGAUAUCACAUGUUGUUGGAGGUAAUGGGGCCAUCAUUUUGUAUGAAAGAGAAAUUCGUGACGUGUGGAUAAGUCUGGCUAAUGCGGAAACAAUUCCUAUUGAGCAAGCACAUAUAUUACUAUUAGGGAAAAAUCAAGAUUCAGUAAUUUCAUAUUCUUCUGAAACAUUAAAAUCUCGCCUCCCUCUAAAGCCUGGAGCAGAAGUGAAAUUUCCUGUGACUUUGUGA